AUGCCUGUAGGUCCGCGAUCUGCCAGAUUGGCUGACGAUGGCCUAGCGGCGACCGGCGGCGCAUCCAACCUCAGCGCUGCAUCGGCCGGUGCGGCUCUCGCUCAUGCAAACCAGAAGACCAUCGAACCAUGGCGUCCGGGACGACUCCCCGCGGCCGAGAAGGCUGCGCUAUCCGUCAAAGACUUCACUCCGCCCGAGCCUCCUUCACAGGCCGGCCCCAAGUAUACGGCUGAGGGACUUGGAGCGGCUAUCUUAGCUGUCCGAGAACAGAAGAAGACCUCGAGCCAGCCGCCCGCGCGGGUGAGCCACAAGCACCACGCGUCGGUCCCCGAUGAUGGCCAGCGCAAGGCCCUCCAGGCCGCCACAGGGGCCUUUGCAACUCGACAGCGCUCAGGCUCGGUCCCUAUGGCCUCCCGCGUGUCUCCCGAACCCUCCUACGAUCUCUCUGCUCUCUCGGCAGCGGGUGCCCUUCACCACAAGAAGACGGAGGAGGAAGGCCCUCUGGAUCACUUGGAUAAGUCAAUGGAGGCAAGUCGGAUCGGUCACAUCGCCAAAACAAAUGCUCAGCUCUACACCUCGGCCCCUCUUGUCGCCCCGGAGGUUGAGGAGCGCAAUCGACAAAGCUCCCUUCGUGCUGCGGCACUCUCGAUGGCCAAAGAUAUGUACGAGGUGACCACCUCCAGGAGUGAAUCGGGCGCCGAUCCCGCUGUCGCCGCAGCUCAAACCGGCUCAGCACGACUACAGGCCCGGAAGAGCGUGAGUGGGACGGAGGGGAAUACCGCGAGACGAGCAAUCACUUUACAGGAUGCUGCGCAGAAGCGAGCGGCUGAGAAACUCGCCCGGAUGCAGGAUGGUCCUCAGGAGCUUCAAAAUUACUACGGCACUGCCCCGCAAUCACAACGAUCGCGCUUGACUACUCGUCGAAAGCGAACGUCGAGUGACGCGGACGCCUCUCAAGUAGACGCUGAGCAGUCACGGCGCAUCCAAAAGCAAAUGUACAGCCUGCGCACCAAGCUGAACGAAGUCGAUGAGAAGAGGACCAAAGACCGCGAAAUGCUGAUGGAGGCCGCGCGACGCAACGUUGAUGCUACAAUCCAGGGCAUGGAGAUGCAAAUGUACCUCAACACGGGACGCGCGCCUCCUUCUCUGCAGAAGGAAUGGGAUGACGCUGCCCAGGAGCGUGUUCGCCAAGAGGUAGAGGCGGCCUCUGUAAGCACUGGCAACAACGGUCAUGGUAACCACCGGAUCAGUAUCGGUGGCCGGCAGUAUAUGGACAUGGCCGAUGUCGAAGCUGUCGCUCGAUCGCGUAUCCAGCCUGCACUCGACGAGAUUGAUGACCAAGUCGAGAAGCGGAGGGCGAGAGAGCUCGAGGCUCGUCUAGAUGCAGAGGAGAGAGGACGGCAAGCUGCAAUCGAGAGGGAGCGUGAAGCAAGCGUGAAGGCUGCCGAAAGACGGUCUAAAGGUCAGUUUCUACUCAUCUCAUUCAAUCCUUCUACAUACGCUAACAAGCAUACAGCCGACAAACGUGAGAGCAAGACGAAGAGUUUCAUGCUUUGGCGCAGAAAGAGUAAAUUAGAACGCCCCAAGUCCUCCGGCGCCGCUGCUGCUGAAGUCAAGGCGCCAGAGACCGCCGACGAUGGCCCAGCGCCGCCAGCACAGGAGGAACAACAGCCCGUGCCUACGGCUGCCACUCCCGACCAUGAGCAUGAAGCUGAGCCCACUGCGCCCGCUGAAUCUACUGAGCCCACUGCGCCCGCUGAAUCUACUGAGCCCACUGAGCCCACUGAGCCCACUGAGCCCACUGAGGCCGCUGCGCCUCCCACUGCUGCGACAUCGCAAGAACCUAUCCACGAUGUUCCUGAUGAACCCGAGGCUGCUGGUGCAACCACAGUCCUCACAGCUGCCCCAGAAGGAGCCCAAGCUGUCGUGACCGAGCCAUCCGAGAACCCGCCACCAGCCGUGGAAAGAGCCCAUACCUCACCACCGGAAGGCGCGGUUGGCGCAGGAGGCAUUGCGGGACACGCAUUCCGUCCCAUCUCAAGCCCCAAGGCAGACUCCAAACUGAAGACUUGGUUCCGCGAUAGACUGGCUCGUCGCUCAAGCGGCCCGGUGCAAGUCUAUCCCCACCAACCCGGCCCAGGAUCCAGAUCCAAUAGCAGCGUCGGGUUUACGGGAGGCGCAGCUCUCGCUGGACGAGGCGAGGCUCGCGGGGCUGCCCUCAGUUCUCACCCGGUCACUGGCGCCGAUCUAGACCAGAGCGAGCCGGCCCACGGCAGCACCGGUCAAGACGUCCACAAGACGGCAACAGGAGACUCGGCUUUAAGCGAGGCAGAACCAAGCAGCCCAAGAAAGCGACAACGCUUUUUUUCGGACGUUCCGGAAGAGCUCCAAUCGCCAGUCGAUGCCGCCAGCAACCAAUGGAGCCGCCACUGA